GAGCUGACCUGGGGGAUCCGUCCGGCUGGAGCAGAGUGACUGACCUCUAAAUCGCUAAGCGAGGGUACUGGCUGGCGCUACCGAUUUUGCACGUAGACAAGCCAUAUUCGCGUGUGUGAUUUUAGGUGUCGUGGGGACUGGUGGAAUAGUCGAGCCGGAAUUGGCAUUUGAGUAUCAUACUUGAGAAAUCUUGUGAACACUAUUAGUCAACCAUGCCUUCACUACAAAAGCAAAAACUAGCUCAAACUGAUGUCAGCGAGAAAAGGGUGAUUAUGAGAGUUGAUUUCAAUGUUCCGCUGAAGGAUGGCGUUAUAACAAACAAUCAGAGGAUUGUAGGUGCUCUUCCAAGCAUCAAGCAUGCCCUAGAUAAUGGCGCCAAGUCUGUUGUACUUAUGAGCCAUCUUGGAAGACCUGAUGGACGGCGACAGAGCAAAUUCUCUCUCAAGCCAGCUGCUACGGAGCUCCAGAGACUUCUGGAAAGGGAUGUGAAAUUCCUGUCUGAUUGUGUUGGAGCAGAAGUCGAAGCUGCUUGUGCCGAUCCCGCCCCUGGUUCCGUCAUCCUCCUUGAGAAUCUCCGCUUCCACAUUGAAGAAGAGGGCAAAGGGGUUGACGAGUCCGGCAAUAAGGUUAAAGCGAACCCUGAUGCAGUGAAGACAUUUUGUGAUUCCCUGUCGAAACUCGGAGACGUCUAUGUCAAUGAUGCAUUCGGUACAGCACAUAGAGCUCACAGUUCCAUGGUGGGUGUGAAGCUGAACCCGCGUGCAGCAGGGUUCCUGAUGGAGAAAGAGCUGGAUUACUUUGCUAAGGCACUGGAAACUCCAGCAAGGCCGUUCUUGGCCAUCCUUGGAGGAGCCAAGGUUAAGGAUAAGAUCCAGCUGAUUGAGAAUCUCCUGGACAAAGUAAAUGAGAUGGCCAUCGUUGGUGGAAUGGCAUUCACCUUCCUCAAGGUGCUCAAAGACAUGAAGAUUGGCAACUCUCUAUUUGAUGAGGAGGGGUCCAAAAUAAUCAACAGAUUGAUGGAGAAGGCCCAAAAGAAUGGUGUUCAAAUUCAUCUGCCGGUAGACUUUAUUACGGGUAACAAGUUUGCUGAAGAUGCUGAAGUGGGAAACGCUAGCAUCUCUUCUGGAAUCCCUGAUGGAUGGAUGGGUCUGGACUGUGGACCAGAGAGUGUGAAAUCCUUUAACGAGGCAGUUGCCCGGGCCAAGUUGAUCGUUUGGAAUGGACCUGUUGGGGUAUUUGAGUUUGAAAAGUUUAGCACAGGAACCAAAUCUGUAAUGAAUGCUGUAGUGGAGGCCACAAAGAAGGGAACAACAACUAUCAUAGGCGGAGGUGAUACUGCAACGUGUGCAGCAAAGUACAAUACUGAGCAUCUCGUCAGUCAUGUCAGUACUGGAGGCGGGGCUAGUCUAGAGCUCUUGGAAGGCAAGAACCUACCAGGUAUUGCUGCACUGUCCGACGUCUGACUACCUCCAUCACCCAUUCCUACCAGUGCACUUUGACCUGAUGCCAUAGAUCCAUAUUGGUGGCAGCAGUGGGAUUCAUAUCGAAUAUAUUAGCUGGCCGAUGCAAUGCCAGGCAAGGUUGUAUUUUGUGGCAGCCCUCAACAUUAUUGUUUUCCUCUUCCUGAACUGGUUGUAAUUUAUACCUCUUCUAUUAUACGCAUUUCCAUCCGGUCUGGUGUUUCAUGAAAAUUACGAGUGACUUCACGCAUUACAUUUUCUGUUGAAAAUCAUAGUUUGUAAUCCACCAAAACAAAUAUUCGGCAGGGAUGGGGACUACUGAUAGUGACUGAUUAAGUAUUUGUAUCUGUCCUCGUUUGAUGAUUGCUUCAAUAACUUGAUGUGCAUGCAUGCAACCCAGAAGGUUUUCUGUGAGGUGAUUAGCUAGUGUUUGAGUGUUUUCCUACACUUUGAAAAACUGUCAGUCCAAAUGUAUAACUGUUUUUUUUUUCAAUUAUACAUUGUACUCUUUUUUAUCCUUUUAUUUCUAAAAUAAAGUAAAAUGGUAAAAUUGUAAUGUUUGUACCCAAAUAUAUAGAUGUCUAAGGAAGAGGUUGUACAAUGUUAAAUUGAAAUACAUUUUAUAUUUUAGAUAUAUUGAGUGUAAUAAUUGUAAUAUCACCAGUAUUUCUGGUACUGUGAACUACAAAGAUUUUAUUUUUUAACAGCUUGUUUUAUAAUUACAUGGUUGAAAGAGAUUGCAAAGCAGUCACACUAUGACGAGAUUCAUAUUCCUUAAAGAAAUCAGUUUGGUAAUCUGAUCUAUUCUCAUGAUAAAGUAUUGUUCCUUUUAAUAAAUCUCAAAUUCUGUGUCGUAUGCUCAUAAAGAUAAGGCUUGUCAGGGUAUAUUUCAAACAAGAUUGUCUUGUAUAUUACAAAUCAGUUUCCCCGAGCUAAAGUUUGAAGGGCAAGCCUUCCCGAUUGGUAGAAGUAUAAAUAUUAUAUGUUCUUCCUCAACUGAUUAAAUUUUACUUUAUUUUUGUUUGUUAGUCAUGCCAUUGUUUUUUGAGUUGGUUAAUACUUAGUAUUCCACAGUAAAUACAUCAGUUAUGUUAGCAAGUGAUGUUUUAUUGUAAGAGAACAUAUAUUUUAGUGUCAGUUUUAUGCAUCAAAGAUGUGUGAUUUCAUUGUUUGUGCAAAGCACAAAUGUCACCAUAAUCAAGCCACCAUAACAUCAUUUUGUAAUACUGCCUAAGUUCUUGGUUAUCUGGGGAAUUUUGUUUAGUGGGAUUAUGUUUGGUUAUGUGCAGGUAGGCUGUGGAUUUUAUUUUUUGAAUAAUUUGCUUAGUGUUAAGUAUAUUAAUGAAUAUGAAUCCUACAGAGAAGGGGCCGGUUUCAUAUAACUGGUUAUAAUACCAAAUUUGCAAUAACAGUUUAGAGCUAAUUAGAUCAUGUGAUUUGAUUGACUGAUUGUAAACUUGAUAUAGUAAUUUUGCAUUUGUUAUUAAAGCCACUCUUUUUAUGAAACCGGACCCAGAAAUGAAACUAUGGUGUGGUGUGUAGAAGAGAUAUAUCAUAAUAAAUGUGAAAUUAUAUGAAAAU